AUGGAUUAUAUUAGAUAAAUAGUUUCAGGGAAAAAAAAGAGAUUCAUUUCAGAGGGUUAUAACUUAGAUUUAACCUAUAUUUGUGACAGAAUAAUUGCAAUGGCCUUUCCAGCAGAUGGAUUUGAAAGCUGUUACAGAAAUCCUAUUGACAAAGUAAUAUUUAUAUAGAAUUUUAGGUUGUAUAAUUUUUAGAAAAUAGACAUGGUAACAAUUACUUAAUAAUGAAUUUAUCAUCACGUACAUAUGAUUAUUCUAAAUUUAAAAAUUAAGUAAAAAAUUAUCAGUGGAACAAUCAUCAUGCUCCUUAAUUACAUUUACUCUUUAAUAUGUGUAAGUCUAUGUAAGAGUUCUUUAAUUAGAAAUAAGAAAAUGUUGUUGUUGUACAUUGUUUGGCAGGAAAAGGAAGAACAGGUACAUUAAUCUGUUGUUAUCUUUUAUAUUGUGGAAUGUUUACCACAGUAAAUGAUGUUCUAUAAUAUUACGAAAAAUCAAGAUUUAACGAUUAAGGUUUGGGUGUUAAUUAACCAUGUUAAAUUCGUUAUAUUGAAUACUUUAAUUAAUUAUUGUAAGGAGAACCCAUUUAUCCAAGUCUUAAAUAUUUAAGUUCGAUUAUUAUUGAGGGUGUCCCAAAAUUAAAUAUAGAUGAUGGUAGUAAAUUAUCAGCUAAAAUUUAUCAAAAUUAAUAGCUUAUUAAAGAGAUAUAAAUAAUUAAAAUUGUUUAAGAAAAUUAAACUAAUUGUAUGAUUAUCUCUCCUAGUCCAAUUGUUGUUCAUGGGGAUAUUUUAAUUGAAUUUUAUAAUUCCAAUCUUGUUAAAACAAAAUUAAUUAUGAGAAUAUCAUUUAAUACUUCUUUUAAUUCAACUACAUUUCACAAAGAUUAAAUAGAUCCAUUUAAAAUUAAGAAUGAUUCAAGAAUACCUGAUAAUUUUUAAAUUCAUGUUUGUCUAUCAGAAUAUUGCAAUCAAUGUGAUCAAACUACUAAUUUCACGUAAAAAUGUUCUGAUUGCAAAUAAUCAUUAAUCCAAGAAAGGCAAAAUUGGCACUAAAUAAAAGAAGCUAUCUAGUUAAAUGAAAUUAUUGUUAUUAAUCAUUCUCCUAAAAAUUUCUGA